AUGAUUAUCGCGCUCAUGGGGCUGGGGUUGGGGUUGGGGUUAGCUAUGGCCUGGCUCACCCAGACCUUCCACGCAUCGUACUUGGUUCCUUCAAUGCCGGCGCCACGGCUCCUAAGGCUCCCGAGGUCUGGGUCUAGGGCCGCGGGUAUGACUACCGGUACGUCUUCAGCUUAUUCCCGCGCGACGACGAUUGAAGAUGUAACUGGAAGGAGUCUGGGCGAAAGAUGUAUGCUGCGUUCUGCGCGGGCUCGAAGCAUGCGUACUUCGGAUCCAGCCGUUCCUUCUGCGGAAAGAGUUCGCACAGCUCUCGCGACCUUCCAUCAGCAACAUCGACGCUGUAGGCUGUGGGGGAAAGUAGACGUGGUUCUGUAUGUAUCCUGCGAAUACCGCGCUGCCUCUCUCCGUCGCGACUUCCAAAAGCGUUCCGCCUCGAGACCGCGCACCAGCAGCACCAGAAACCGCCGAGGGGACUGCCGCCGACCCGCCUCAUGCGUCGCUGCCAACGGAGGCAUUCUCGUCUUGGAGAGCGAGCUUGCUGCGAAGCGCAGUAGACCGACCCUCCCCCUCCCCCCGCCUCAAACCUGCGACAGGUUCACCGUUUCGGAUACGUAG